AUGGCGGUCACCCCCGCGGGGUGCGGGCCCCCGGGCCCGCACUGCGGGGUCCCCGCUCCGCCCCCCGCGGAAUGCGGCAGCUCGAAGAAGGGGGAGAACCGCGCUCGUGGGCGGCGCAGGGGCCUGCCGGGACCCUCUCGCCCCCACCGGGAUACCCGCCUUCCCCCGGGCGCCCCCCGGCGCAGCCCCCCAGCCCCGCUCACCGUGCGGCGCCCCCGGUUCCGCUCCGCGCCGGGCGGGGCCUGCCGAGGGGCGGGGCCUACCUGGAGGAGGAGGUGCUGGUCCUGUACUUCGAGAGCCGGCGGCGCUCGGGGGGGGGGCCCGGUGCGGAGCUGCCAGCGCCUCGGCCCCCUCCUCUUUCUCACCUUCGAGAGUCCCCAGGAUGCUGAGAACAUCCUGGCCCGCGGCACCCACCAGCUGGGGGGGGUCUAUCUGGGGGUGUGCCGGGCCCCCCCUUGGGAUCCCUCCCACCUGCUGCUGGGGGGCUUGGACCCCCAGACCCCCACUGAGCUGCUGGAGCCACGCCUGGAGCCCCUACUGGGCCGCCCCCACAGCACCUUCGAGUUGCACCGGGGCCCCGCGCCCGGCUGGGGGCUGCUGCACCUGCAGGACCCCCUCACACCCCCAGAGCUGGCGGCGGCGCAGCAGCGGGCAGGGGGGUGUGCGCUGGCCCUGCUGCGGGUGCCGCAGACCCCCAGCCUGCUGGUGCGGGCCGAGGUGCCAGCGCUGAGCCCCGACCUGCUCGAGCUCUACUUCGAGAACCGGCGCAGCGGCGGCGGCAGCGUCCAGCAGGUGCAGCUGCUGCCGGGAGGGCGGGCGGCCAUCGUCACCUUCCAGGAGCUGGCAGCAGCGCAGCGGGUGCUGCAGAGACCACACCGGCUGCAGGACACAGCACUGGCCCUCGCCCCCCACUACCCCUUCCUGGGGAUGAUGGAGGGGGACACGGAGCCCCCAUCACCAGACAAGGAGCCCCCGCCACCAGACACAGACCCCCCGACAGACACAAAGGACCUUCUGCCAGCAACUACAGACCCCUCGACGGACACCGGCCCCCAGACAGACAUGGACCCCCCACCAGACACAGCCCCUGUCACCCCCUCAGCCCCUGCCAUCCCUGCAGAGCCACUGACACCAACUCCAGCUGCCAUUUCCAGUGCUACCGGUGACCCAGAGGGUCCCAAGGAGGUGGCGUGGGAUGAGGUGGUGGUGGUGGCAGAGCCAGGUGCCCUGCGGUACCUGCAGCAGCACUACCAGGACCUGCUGGGCAGCAUCCCUGAGGCCUCAGUGCUACCGCUGGAGGGGGGGGACGUCUCCGGGUUCAGGGUGAGCGGGGAGACAGAGCAAUGCCGGGCAGCCGCCGAAUUCCUGCAGAGCCUCCUGGGAACCGUGGGCACGUGGCCGGUCACCCUGCAGUUCCCCGGUGUCGCCCGGUUCCUGAGGGAUGAGGCUGGGCAGAAACUCCUCCAGCAGCUGGAAAAGCGCUUCCAGUGCGUUAUCGACUUGGAUGGUGUCUCCUGGAGCCCCCCAGACCCCCAGCAGGAGCUGGUGGAGCUGCUCCCACCACGAUGCCAUCAGGACCCCCUGCCACCUCAGUCCUGGCAUCAGGACCUGCCUGAUGAUGCCAGUGGUGCCGAUGGAGAUGGUUUUCAGUCCAGCAUAGAGGAGAUCAAGGAGCUGCUGGCUGCGCUGCGCCCUGGUGAUGGUGAUGGGGAUGCUGGUGACAUUGUGAGCUGGAAGCAGGACCCCGACGCUGAACCUCCCACCGUGGGUGACGAUGGCACUGAGGACAUGGUCUGGGGCGAGUGGGGGUUCGGGGUGCAGGAGGAGAACGAGGAGGAGGAGGAGGCGCAGAUUGUCCUGGCCAUCCAGCGCUCCAUGGACGCGGAGCGGCUUGAGGAGGAGGAGCUGGCACGUGCCACUGCGCUGUCCCUGCACUCCUACCAGGAGGAGGAGGCCGAGGCCGGCGGGCUGCUGGCCGCACUGGAGGCCUCGCUGGAGGAGGCUCUGCCGGCGGCGGACACGGCGCAGGUGACGGUGUUCUCGGCACAGGACGCAGCGAUGGUACCGGCGGAGCUGGAGCGGGUGCUGGCUGGGCAGCUGCGGGCCGAGGAGGUGCCGAGCGAGCGGCUGUGGGCACUGCCGGGCUCGUGCCGGCACCUCCUGGCGCUGCUGCAGCGCCGGCACGCUGUGCGCCUCUGCCUGCGCCCCGGCACCGCCACGCUGCACGGCUUCGCCCCCUACACCGCCGCGGCCGCGCGCGACCUCCAGCACCUGCUCCAGUGCCUGCCGGAGCCAGAGGGUGGUCCUGGUAACGCCACUGCCACCAGCACCUGCUGGGUGCGCUGGGAUCCCUCUGGCACUGCUGUCCCCUACAGCCCCGAGGCCGUGGCACUGCUGGAGCGGGCCUGGCAGUGCCGGCAGCGCCGGCUGGACCUGCUGCGGGACGGACGGCCCGUCACCGUGGACCUGCAGCGCAUGGAGGAGUUCGACAUCGGCAGCGCCCGCGCCAGCCCUGUGUCCCGCAGCCGGCCCCCCACCGAAAGCGCCCGGCGCCUGCUCGAGCUGGGGUUGCCAGGGCUGGAGGAGGAGGAGGUGAGGCUGCUGCCGCUGGCCGAGAGCUCGGAGGAGUUCCGUGACACCAUCCGGCACUUCUACGGGACGCUGCAGGAGCUGCACAACCGGAUCAGCAUUGUCCAGGUGCAGAAGCUGAUCCACCCGCUGCUGUACCGGCAGUACCAGCUGAAGAAGGCCAGCAUGGAGCGGGCCUGCGCCGGCGCCGCCGUGGAGCGCAUCCUCUUCCACGGCACCACUGAGACCUCCAGCCGUGAGAUCUGCCUGCACGGCUUCAACCGCAGCUUCUGUGGCAAGAACGCUGCUCUCUAUGGCCUCGGCGUGUACUUCGCGGUGGACGCGGCGGUCUCGGCACGGGAACAGUACUCGCCGUGCAGCGCCAACGGCACCAAGUUCAUCUUCAUGGCCAAGGUGCUGACAGGGCUGUUUGCCCGGGGGGGGCCAGGGCUGCGGGCACCCCCCCUGCGGGAAGGGGCCGGGGCCCCCCUGCGCUACCACAGCGUGGUGGACAACCCCCACCGUCCUGCCAUCUUCGUCAUCUUCAAUGACACCCAGGCCUACCCACAGUACCUCAUCACCUGCCGCUGCCGUGGGGCCCCCCACUCAGCCCCUCAUGGCCCCUCUGAACCACUCUGAACCCCCCAAGCCCCCCCAGGAUCCCCUGAGCCCCCAGCACCCUCUGUCCCCAUGCACCAGCCCUGCCCCAGGGGGCUCAGAGGGUCCCUGCCCUGGAGGCUUGGAGCAUAGGGGAUUUCCCCCCAGAAUCCCCACCCCUGGGAUUCCCCCUCUUUCCACCCCCAGGAAUGGGGAGUGGGACUUGUGGGUCACCAAAUCAGAAGUGACCUCAAAAGAGGAAAACUGAAUAAAGUUGGAGCUUUU